GUGACCAGGCUGCUGGGAAAGAUAACACCUCAGCAACUGGAGAGGGAACUCUGAAACAGCAAAGGAAUCUGUAAGCUUUGGUCAUUGCCUUGGAAUUCCUGGUAUGAGAAGGCAGGACUUCAGAGUAGAGAGUGGAUCCUGGCUGUGCUGCUUUAAUCAUGAAGAUAACGAUCAUAAUUGACCUGAUCAUCUUCACUUUGCUCUCUUCAGGGAAGAAAUUCCGAUGGUGCACUCUAUCUGACCUAGAACAGAGGAAGUGUGCUGAACUGUCCAAAGCUCUUACAGCUGUGCUGCCUCUUGCCACGACCAAUUCCUUCACCAGGAUUUCUUGUAUCAGAGCUCACAACACGUAUGACUGCAUUGAUAAAAUCAGGGUGAACAAAGCAGAUGCUGUCUCCUUGGAUGCUGGAGAUGUUUACUCUGCUGUAAAACUGUAUGGCUUGACAGUAGUGGCAAAGGAGAUCUAUGAGAAAGGAAAUUGUGUGUUUGCUGUGGCCGUUGCCAGGCAAGGAGCUUUGAAUAUCCAUCAGCUGAGAGGUGUGCGCAGCUGCCACAACGGAGCCAGGUGGACAUCAGGCUGGAAUGUCCCACUUGGCUUUCUCCUGGCUAAAAAUGAUCUCUCCUGGGAUGAGACACAACCUCUGAACCAAGCAAUCAGUGAGUAUUUCAAUGCAAGUUGCAUCCCUGGGGUUGGAAUUGCUGCUCCUCGACUCUGUGCUCUUUGCCAAGGACAGAAAUCCUAUGUCAGAGACAAGAACCACUUCUGUGAGACUAGUACCAGUGAACCCUUUUAUGGCUCUGAAGGAGCCUUCAGGUGCUUGAAGAAUGGAGUGGCAGACGUUGCCUUUCUAGAUCAUCUAGCACUAUUGACUGCUACAGAGAGAGAACAAGAGGAGUAUGAACUCCUGUGUCCUGAUGGGACCACAGCCGAGCUGAGUGAAUACAGCACCUGUAACUUGGGUCGGGGGCCUGGUCAUGCCAUCAUCGCUCGCCACAACUUCCAGAAGAUCACCAGCAAAUUCCUUACUAUGAUCCAGAACCUCUUUGGACGAAAAGGAAAGGAAAGGGCCCGAUUUGAGCUCUUUGCUUCUGCACCCUAUGGGGGAAAGAACCUGCUGUUUCAGGAUGCCACUCAGCACCUGCAGCUUCUUGAGGAGCACCUAGAGAUUCCCUAUGUCCUUGGUCUGGAUUAUGUAGCUCUCCUUAAAGGACUAGGCCAUGAAGGGAGUUCUUUGGACAACAGCGUUGUGCGCUGGUGCUGCAUCAGUGCUGCUGAGCUUCGCAAAUGUGAGCACUGGGCCCUGAGCGUCAGGUCUUACCCGCUGGUUUGUGUCCAGGCAACCUCCAUGACACACUGCAUUGAGAUGAUCAAGAGCAGUGAGGCUGAUGCAGUCACCCUGGAUGCAACACAUGUCUAUAUUGCAGGAAAGUGUGGAUUGGUGCCUGUAGCUGCAGAGUGUUAUGGGGAGGGAUGUGCCCCAGACACUGAAAACACAGAGGAAACAUGGAAACUAAUUCGUCUUGGACGCAAAGCCCUGUCUCCUGUCUAUGCUGUGGCCCUAGCGAAGAAGAGUGCGAAGCAGAUUAACAUCCGUAGCCUUGGGGGAAGGCGGUCCUGCCACAGCCAUCUGUACAGUCCUGCGGGCUGGUUGCUUCUUUCCAGAUACACAGUGGGAGCCCUGGAGAAUGACACUGAGAACUGUGACAUUGACUCUACUUUUCAGAGCUACUUUUGGAAGGGCUGCAUGCCAGGAGCAGAUGGGAACCUGUGCAAGGUGUGCGUUGGGGACAGCCAGCUGGAAGGGGGCAGAGCAGCUAGCAGAUGCACUGCCAACCACAAUGAGCUCUACUAUGGCAAUGUGGGAGCUCUCAGGUGUCUAGUUGGCAAUCCCAGUGGAAGGAGUUAUGGAGAUGUAGCUUUCCUGGAACACUCUAACCUGCUCCGGAACAUAAGGAAUCUGGACAGCUCUGGUUGGGCCAAAGGUUAUAGUCCCAGUGACUUUGAGCUCUUGUGCCUGGAUGGAAGCCGUGCUGCAGUCACUGAGUGGUCAGGCUGUAACCUUGGCCCCAUUCCCCCCAGCACAGUCAUGACUCGACCUGUCAGCAUCACCAAAAUAUAUGACUUCCUAAUGAAAUCCCAGGAAUCUGUGAGAACCAAGCUGGGCUCUGAAUUCCAUCUAUUCCAGUCCCAGAAGUAUGGUGAGAGUGAUCUGCUUUUCAAGGAUGCUACUCGGUACCUUGUCCAUGCAAGUCACAUGAACUAUAAGGAAAUCCUUGGGGAGUCUUUCUUCCAGCUGGCAGAAUCAGUGUUUAAUUGUACACCUGCAGGUAUCUUAGACUUUUGCAGACAGGAUAUCUGUGCAUCCUCAGUGAACUGACGGCUGUACAGAAGCUUUACAAGGCACAUACACCCUUACUGAGGCUGGAAACAAGGAAAGAUGCAAGUCCAACCUACCCAGAGCAAUCGUGGAGGACACAGUCAGCUCUAGAAAUUCAUGCUGAAUACUUCUUAUAUAUUUACAUAUAUAUGUAGGCAGGUUUCAUAUUUAUGGUUGUAUUCUAAGGCUCUUAUCAUCACUAUCUUUUGGAGGCUGGCACUGUGGGGAGCAGCACAGGCCCAUCCACCCAGCUCAUGCACAGGAGUAGGGCCAGCAGUUUGAAACUGCUACUGAGGUCAUCUCAGCAUUUCUGUGGGACAAGCAGGACAAGCAUGGACUAAAAUAUGGACUAUCAAGACUUGCACAGGUUAGUAGGUAGCAGUUUUCUUUGCUUUUCCUAUUAUGUCUUAAAAAAACCUGUUUCUUUGGAACAGCAAUUAGUGGUCACUUUGGUUGCUGUAGCAUUGUCUUCUAUAUGAGUGUCUUUCAUUGCAGUGAGACAGUCCAUGCUGAAUACACAUGCAUACUAUAGGUUGUGUGUGUAACUGCUAUCAGUAUCAAUAGUUUUUUUCUGUUUUUAACAGUGAAGAAUAUAUAUUUGCUUUGUUUAACCAAAAAUUUAUACUAGUAAG